UGGCAGCGGCAAACAAACCCACAUUGCUACGCCGGACUUCUGAAAGCGGGCGACUCAAUAAAGCCAUUGUCUGGCGGGAGAGCCGCAGUCUUUCAUAAUGCAGGAACGUCGUGCGCGGCCACUGGCCGGCGAUCCGCUCGCUCGCCGUAGGCGCUGAGGCUCCGGGUCGCCCCGUUAGUUUGCACGCCGGUCUGCGCACACAUUCCGACGGCGUGACACAAUACGCUUCACUUUAUUUACUUAUUAGGGUCCACCAGCCAUUGUCCUUCACAAGGGGAGCUGGAUCCCUCGUUCUCGGCCAUCGGGCUAGCUAGCUUAGCUAGUUAGCGGUGACGGUUAUGAUUGGUGUUAUCCAGAAACGCCAUAGCCUACACACGCUUAGACGGGGGAUCGCGGCCAGAUCUGAUCCGUGAGCCGCACAUGGCUUUGCAUUGACAUGCGUUUGUUCAGUCCCAAGCUACCGGAGGGGAAGGAAAUCGCAUGGAAAAUAGUCUCAUUCAGCUCUCUCACCUGCGGCUCUGCGGAGGUGUCCUCGGCUUCUAGUCUACCGGCCCCUGGGCCCCACCGGCUAAACAUGUCCGUGGCCCCGAGGAAGACUGAGCCGGGGCUUCCGGCGUCGCAGUGACAUGCGAGCGGCACAGCCAGGGAACCUGCUCAGGAAACACACUGCUCCAGCCAGGACUGGUUCCCCACUGCUUGGUUAUCUCAGCUGGAGGGACUUCUUAGCUUGUUGACGCCUUUUCCCCAGCUCUCGCCCCUCCCCCCCCGCCACCACACACACACACAUACACACUUUUCUCUGGGGGAUUCAAGAAUUUCAGCCAGGCAUCUGAGGUUCACAGGCAUUCCUACCGUCGUCGGGCCCAAGUCUGUGGCGUGACGGUGUGCCGCAGGACCUGCAUGGACCUCGCUGUCCUGUGCGUUGCCUCUGGCCCCAGUGGAGCGGGUCACACCCGAGGGACAUCUGCACCGUCAGUAGGGGGCAGAAGAGAGUUGUGCCCCCUUGGCGGCAGCCCAGAAGGAGAGCCGUCUGACUCGGCCUCCCCUAACUGCCAGAGGCAGUCUACCGUGGAAACAGACCUGGUCCACAGUGCCCACUGGAGGGAGGGGCCGGGGAUGCUGGCGUGCAAACAUCCAGUGGAAAUGUGUGGCGUCUGCCAAGAUGUUAACACUCUCGCCACAGAGCCCGCCGAUGAGCUUGGGCAGGAUGGGCUCAACUGCCACCUUGAUGUGGCCCCCCCUUCAGGGCUGAUGCCAACAGCAAGUUGCUUGGGGGCUUCCCCGAGUCAGCCAGACCCCUCUUACAGAUUGGUACCUCAUUGGAGAGAUGUUUGGAGAGACCAUUUGCCAGAAGGAUCUCUGCGAGUCGCUGCAGGGGGGCUGUCCGGCGGCCGGACAGGGAAUUCGGCGACGUGCUUGAGAAGGAAUGCCGGUCCUGCCAGGCACCGUCCCAAGGAUUUCUACUACGGUUCGGAAAGGUCUAGCCAGAAGCCGAAAAGUCCCACAGGGGCGGCGUCGAAGCCGAGUGGCAGCUUCAGAACCGGCGGCGGCCGCGGCGGCGGCAGCCUGCAGGCGGGCGGCUUCCUGCCGCACAAGAAGGACCGCUCCACCAUCUUGAUCCGCCGCUUCAACAAGCAUGACGUGCCGGUGAGGAAGCUGAUCUGCACAGGCACUCGCGCCAUCGUGCAGAAGCUGCCGUCGGGACACAUGGGCGAGAGGCGGCGGACGGCCGAGUCUGGCGGGAGGCCCCCAGGUCCCACCUUGGCAGCCCACGGCACCCCCCAGUGGACCUUCGGGCUCCUCCUCCUGCAUGUCGGGGCCGGACCCUUGGAGCUUCACUAUGGUCUGAGGCUCCAGGUCCACCUGCUCCAUCCUUCCAGGAAGCUCCUGGCCUCUGCGGGCAGGAGGGCCUGCUGGCGGGACUCAUGGCCGUGCACCUGUAAGGAGUCGUCGAGCUUCCGCGUCUCCUCUCACCAGACUACGGUCUCCGCUUACAUCUCCGGGGCUCUCCUGGAGGCCAUAGCUUCCAUCGGGGCCCGCACUGCCAUCCCCUGCCUGGCCAGCUCCUCCGGGAAGGCCAUGCUGAAAGAGCGCCCACUGUGCACCACGAUGGCGGGGAGUGGCUCGCUGCCGUCCACCAUGACGGGCAUCAGCAAGGAGCUGGCGGACCUGCGGCACCUCAUCCAGUUCCCCGAGGAGAUCGCCGCCAUACUGAUGGAGCAGGAACAGCGGCUGUACCGCCGCGUCUUCCCCCUCGACUACCUCUGCUUCCUCACCCGGGACCUGGGCUCCCCUGAGUGCCCCAGGCGCCACCCAAACCUCAAGUCCUCGUUGUCCGCCCCGGUCGUGUCCGGCCGCACCAGCAGGGGAAACACCGUGGAAGACCUGGUCACGCGGUUCAAUGAGGUUAGCUCGUGGGUGACCUGGCUCAUCCUGACUGCCGGCUCCAUGGAAGAGAAGAGGGAGGUUUUCUCCUACCUGGUGCACGUGGCCAAGUGCUGCUGGAACAUCGGCAACUACAACGCGGUGAUGGAGUUCUUGGCUGGGCUCAGGUCUCGUAAGGUCUUAAAGAUGUGGCAGUUCAUGGACCAGUCGGACAUCGAAACCAUGCGCAGCCUGAAAGACGCCAUGGCUCAGCACGAGUCCUCGUCCGAGUACAAGAAGGUGGUGAACCGGGCCCUAAAUAUCCCCGGCUGCAAGGUGGUGCCCUUCUGCGGGGUCUUCCUGAAGGAGCUCAGUGAUGCCCUCAACGGGACGGCGAGCCUCAUCAGCCUGCGGCCUCACUCCGACUCCCAGGACGACUCCAUCGAGUUCGUCACGGGAUACGGCGGCCAGGAUCGCUUCCUGCGUCGCGUCGGGAAGGACGGCCUGCAGAGCCCCGACAAGGAGUCGACCGUCAGCAACAUCCUGCAGACCAUCCGCAGCUGUAACCGGAGCCUGGAGUCGGAGGAGCCGGAGGAGAACAUGCGCGAUCGGCUCCCCGGCCUGAGGCACUCCCUCCGAGAGAGGGGCAGGAACCAUUCACUGCCUGUCAGGGACACGUCCGAGUCAAACCGUGUCUUGUUUGUUUUGGGAGACCUCUCCGACUCUGAGGGUGAUCUGUCGGAGCAGGGGAAGGAAGGGGACUUCCAGGGUGUCGAGGAGACGCCCAAAGCUUUCGGCCACGGUACGGAGCUCAUCCCCUGGUACGUGCUCUCCAUCCAGGCCGACGUCCACCAGUUCCUCUUGCAGGGGGCCACGGUCAUCCACUACGACCAGGAGUCCCACCUGACCGCCCGCUGUUUCCUGAGGCUCCAGCCGGACAAUUGCUCCCUGACCUGGACCAAGUUACAGGGUAGCUGUCCUUCCAACGGAAAAGCAAAGAACGUGACAGUAGGGGGCGGUGUUGAGCCCGGCCACAGCAAAGCCCAGUACAGCGGACAUGUGGUGCUGAAUGGGCUGGCAGAUGGACUUCUGGACCUUUCUGUCGUGAAGGCGGUGUUCAUGGGCCACGCGGGGGUGGACAUCCACGGCGUGUGCACGCAGAACAAGCUGUGCAACAUGAACCUGGCCGAGAAUGCGGUCACCUUGCUCUACGGGCUCCACACCACCGACAACAAGCUGCUGCACUUCGUCGCCCCCGGUUACACAGUGCGCAUGCUGUACGAGGGGCUGCGCGAGCUGGCCAGCGCCGCACGCAAGAUCAGGAGAUUUCCUGACCAGAGGCUGCAGUGGCUGCGGAGGCAGUACAUCAACCUGUACCAGGAGGACGGCAGAUACGACGGCCCCACUUUGGCCCAGGCUAUCGAGCUGUUCGGAGGCCGGCGCUGGCCCGUGGACCUCAGUACCGGCACCAUCCCCGGCAAGGGCAGCCCCAUGGCUACCAGCGGCACCAAGAAGAAGAAGAAGGUCCUCAUAAGGGGCGACAGCGGGGACGCCACGGACGACGAGACCAUCUCACGCAAGACGAGGGUCAAGGAGACAUUGGGCCGGACCGGAUCUGACCCAUCGGACUGUGUGGAUCAGGACGACCCAGAGGAUGGCUCUGCCUUUGGCUUCCCGGGCCCCUUCUCCCUGGCACCUGGUAAAGCCCCUCCCCUCAGUGGCUCCUCCACUCUCCCUGCCCGGCCUCACACCUCCCCCGUCCUGUCCUCCAAUGCCAAGGGCCAGGUGGGAAGCAGGACCAGCCAGAGCUGGCACGGCCGGGGGCGGGCACCCCUGAAGGGCUUUCAGAGCCUCACGCUCUCCGACAGCGUGAUGACCUUCACCGAGUUUGUGGAGCUCUUCAAGUCCUUCAGCAUUAGAAGCAGGAAGGAUCUGAAGGAUCUGUUCGACACCUACGCCGUGCCCUGCAGUCGCUCCACACCGGGCCAGACCCCACUUUUCACCAACCUGAGGAUAGACGAUAAAAUCACUGGCAUGCAACCUGACCUCGACCUCCUGACGCGCAACGGCUCCGACCUGGGCCUCUUCAUCCACACCCGGCAGCAGAUGUCAGACAACCAGAAGCAGAUCUCUGAUGCCAUUGCGGCAGCCAGCAUCGUCAACAAUGGCACCGGAGUGGAGAGCGCCUCAUUGGGUGUGCUGGGACUGACCAUCCUGCAGCUCAACGACUUCCUGGUCAACUGCCAGAGGGAGCACCUGACCUACGACGAGAUCCUGAGCAUCAUCCAGAAGUUUGAGCCCUCUGUAAGCAUGCGCCAGAUGGGCUGGAUGUCUUUUGAGGGUUUUGCCAGGUUUCUGAUGGACAAGGACAACUUUGCCUCUACGAUUGAGGAGUCCCAGGUGACCCUGGAAGAUCUUCAAUACCCUCUGUCUUACUAUUACAUCGAAUCGUCACACAACACGUAUCUCACCGGCCACCAGCUCAAAGGAGAAUCCUCUGUGGAGCUCUAUAGUCAGGUGCUGCUGCAGGGCUGCCGGAGCGUGGAGCUGGACUGCUGGGACGGUGAUGAUGGGAAGCCUGUCAUAUACCACGGCCACACGCUCACUACCAAGAUCCCCUUCAAGGAUGUGGUGGAGGCAGUGAAUCGUACAGCUUUCAUUAAAUCAGACAUGCCUGUCAUCAUCUCCAUUGAGAACCACUGCUCCUUACCCCAGCAACGCAAAAUGGCAGAGAUCUUUAAGAACGUGUUCGGGGACAAGCUGGUGACGAAGUUCCUCUUCGACAGCGACUUCUCCGAUGACCCCCUGCUCCCUUCGCCCGUGCAGCUCAGGGGCAAGAUCCUGCUGAAGAACAAGAAGCUGAAAGCCCACCAGGCCCCCGUGGACAUCCUCAAGCAGAAGGCCCACCAGCUGGCUCACAUGCAGGCCCAAGCCAGUAACGGUACGCCAGCCCCCAGCCCCCCCGCCACCAACGAGGAAGAGGAGGAGGAGGAAGACGAGUACGACUAUGACUACGAGUCCCUGUCCGAUGACAACAUCCUGGAUGACCGACCAGAGGGAAGGUCACCCGUGGAGAAGUUUCAGUAUGAAUCCAACGACGAGAUGCCAAAGAGGACAGCCCGGAAAUCGGACAGCCCAGCUGCAAGCAGAGGGAAGGUGUUCGACCUGGAGCUCGAAGAGGAGUUCAACCUGCCUCAGAACAAGAAGGAGAGCCGGCAGAUUGCACAGGAGCUCUCCGACCUGGUCAUCUACUGCCAGGCCAUCAAGUUCCCAGGCCUUUCCACCCUCACCCCAUCGGGCUCUGGCAGGGGAAAAGACAGAAAGAGCAGGAAGUCGAUCUUCGGCAACAACCCUGGCAAGACCAACCCGGGGGACCCCAUGACCCCGCCCCGCGCCCAGGGGAAAGCAGGCCCCCUGGAGGGCGUCCGCGCCAAUGCCGACGAGCAGGCCGCCCCGGCGCCGAGCGCCAGCCCGUCACUGAGCGCCAUCAUCCGUACACCCAAGUGCUACCACAUCUCGUCGGUGAACGAGAACGCGGCCAAGCGCUUGUGCCGGCGCUACUCGCGGAAGCUGAUGGAGCACACCAGCUGCCAACUGCUGCGCACCUACCCCGCCGCCACCCGCAUCGACUCCGCCAACCCCAACCCCCUUAUCUUCUGGCUACACGGCAUCCAGCUGGUGGCGCUCAACUACCAGACGGACGACUUGCCCAUGCAGCUGAACGCCGCCAUGUUUGAGGCCAACGGAGGCUGUGGCUAUGUCCUGAAGCCCCCUGUGCUGUGGGACCGGAGCUGCCCCCUGUACCAGCGCUUCAGCCCCCUGGAGAGGGACAUGGAGAGCAUGAGUCCCACCCUCUUCUCCCUCACUGUCAUUUCGGGGCAGAAUGUGUGUCCAGGCAACACGGCGGGCAGCCCCUGCGUGGAGGUAGAUGUGCUGGGGAUGACAGCGGACAGCAGCCACUUCCGUACCAAGCCCAUCCACCGUAACACCCACAACCCCAUGUGGAGCGAGCAGUUCCUCUUCCAGGUGUACUUUGAGGACAUGGCCUUCCUGCGCAUUGCUGUGGUGGAGAACAACACCUCCCAGGUCACCGGCCAGAGGAUCCUCCCCCUCCGGGCCCUCAAAGCAGGAUACAGACACGUGCAGCUGAGGAAUCAGCACAACGGACCCCUGGAGGUGUCCAGCUUGUUCAUAUUCAGCCGGAGGGUGGAGGAGACCCCCCCCGGGGGACAGCCUGCGUCUGUGCUGUUCAGCACGGAAGAGCGCCGUGCCGCCAUCCAGCACAAGGUGACGGUGCACGGGGCCCCGGGGCCCGAACCCUUUGCCGUGGUCAACGUCAACGAGAGGACCAGCGUCAGACAGCUGCUCGACACUAUAUUAUCACCGUCAGAGGCUGCGGACUAUUUCCUGUGUGAGGAAAAGAUACCUCUGUCAAAGGAACGCAGCGAUGCCAAGAAGCAGCCUCAACAGCGCCCCCUAGCGCCCGAAGAGGAGAUCCUCAGAGUUCUAAGCAGCUGGGUCCCAGAGGAGGGCUGUGUGGGUCGUAUCUGCCUGAAAACCAAAGAGGGGCACCUGAACAACAGGAACUCUGCGCCGGAACGCCUGGAGGAGGCGAGUGUCCCGCCAGAGGAAGACACCUUCCUGGUCCAGGUGCACGACGUGUCGCCCGAACAGCCUCACACUGUCAUCAAGGCCCCACGCCACAGCACUGCCCAGGACGUCAUUCAGCAGGCACUGAGUAAGGCCAAGUACUCCUGUAGCAUCCUGAACAACCCCAACCCCUGUGACUACGUGCUGAUGGAGGAGGUGUCCAAGGACCCCGCUAGCAGAAAGGGGUCGGCCGGCAAGCCCAUCCAGCGGGUCCUCCUGGACCAGGAAUGCGUCUACCAGGCACAGAGCAGGUGGAAGGGAGCUGGGAGGUUCGUGCUGAAGCUGAAGGAGCAGGUGCAGGCAUGCCGCGAGGACAGGAAGAAGGGCAUCUCCCUGACCAGUGAGCUGAAGAAGCUGACCGGUCGCAGCCGUACUGUGGCAGUGGGUGUGAGCCCCGCCCCUGAGGGCGCCCACAGUAAGGAUGAGAAGGUGGCAUGCGGGGGUCACCCCGGUGACACAUCUGAGUAAUCGGCGCUGGCAUGUGCAUGCAGGCCGUGUGAGGAAGACUCUCUGAAGGGCUGAAGGCCUGUGUGGCAGGGAGCAGGUCAGGGGUAGAAAGACUUCUGGGAAGACAGCCCAGCCAAUGCAUGCUCUCCCCAGCAAGCCACGCCCCCUCCACCUGGCCCUUCCCACUGCUGUGGAACUGGAAACUGCCCAUAUGAACGCUGCUCCUGGGGAAAUGCAAAAGUCAGAGCGAGACCCAUCAAAGGUGUCGGACGACGCCAGCCUGCACCCGAUUUCUGCCCUGGGGCGUCUUUAUUGGGGUUCAACUAACACCCGUGUCCCCAGACAGCCAUGUUAUUGGGGCGGAUAAACCCGGUCAUCAGCGCCGGAUCAUGUGGGGAAGGAGAUCGGGUACCUGGGAGCCCUUCAAACCCAGAGUAGCACCAGCGGUUGCAGAGAGCGUAACCCGGGGUAGCCACAACUCCUGCCUCCUCAUCCGACUGGGAUGACCAGAAGGUGGCUGGUUUGAAUCUCAUUCUGUGCCUGUGACCACAGUACUGUAGCAGAUCCGUGCUUUCGGCUUUCCUUUCUUGCAUUGACGCUACUUUGCACUUGUUCAUUUGGAUUCCUUAAAAUUGCCUAUUACUAUACCAAAGGAACAUUUAUUAAUUUGCUAAUUACACGUUUAUGGUAUAUUGUUUUCCCUUGGGGUAAAAGUUUACAGCUGAAAUGGUUGUAAACAAUGUAUUAGAGAGGUUUCUCUUCUGUGACCUCAUGGUACUUUAAACAUUUAACUUUAAAUGCAGCUAUUUAAUUCUUAGCUAUUGCUACUAAUUUUUUAAAGAUUUUUUUUUUUUUUUUAACUGUACAUGUUCCCCACAGACACUGGGAGAACUCUGUAGGGGUCAUAGUAGUAUAUUUGGUUUUACAAAGCAUUUGUUGCCUGAAAUUCUUUUUACAUGAAAUCAUGUAAAUGUAACAUUCUCUAUUAAUUUUCUAGAGCACAUUUGAGUUGUUUUAGUGGAUUGGGCUUUCUUAAAAAGGAAGCCGGGUGAAUUAAUUUUAAAGUGAAUCUCCCACCGUUGACGGGAUGGUUCGACAUUUCAUGUAAUUUUGUUGUUUUUUUUUUAGCUGUGCAAUGUGGAGAAUCGACGUUUCCUAUCAUUCUUUUUUGUAUGCCUGAUUUCACAGAACCUUUGAGAUUUUGUGACAUUCACUGUCUACAGUUGUACUUCUCAGUGUAAUAUUCCUGUAUGUUACUGUGGAUCAUAGUCCAGAAAUAGGCAAAUGUGUACGACUGACUCUUCUAGUCCAGCAGAUGCCGCUGUCCUGCACUUUCAUUUUCCCUUAUUAUUUUAUUAUUUUUUUUAAGUGAUAACCUUCAGUAUGCACAAGUUGUUCUGAUGUCAAUCUUGGCACAUGUUUGUUUUGAUGUAUCUGAUGGUGCUUUUCUUGGAUUGGGGAACAUUUGGAACCACUGUAACAUUAAUUAGGUGGAUGUUGUACCAAGAUGACGUUUGUGGCAGUUACAUACAAGUAUCAAGGUCAACAUGGUGUUUUCCUUUUUUUUUUUCCUGUAACAUGAGUCCAUUGUGACUUUUAGUACCUUUUGUGAACAUUUGCUGUUUUUGUCUCUGCGGUACAGAUUUCUGGCGGAGUACAUUUUUUUCCAGCCUUAUUUUGUAAAUAGUUUGUGAUUUAAUGAUCCAAAAACAUCUUGACCUCAGAUGUUUAGCUGUUUUUAAUUAGCUUUAAGCUGAAACUCAUAGAAUACCCCCCCCCCCAAUGUUGUACAUUUUAAUUUAUUUUACAAUUUAGCCCUGGGGGUUGUACUUUUAUAUAAAAUGUAUACAUGACGCUUUUUGAAGGUGUAUCUUAAGAGCUAUUUUAAAAUGAGUGUAUUUAUUUUGAAGAGGAAGCCUCUUAAAUUGUGUUGGUUAUCCACUAACAUUUAUAUACAUUUACUAGAUCUGUUUUUGUCAGAGAUGAUCUUGGACCAUGGUGAUAUUUUUGGUAAAUGUUCCACGUCACCAUUUUGUGUUUUUCUUCCCAGUUCUCGACUUCCUUUGCUUAUUUUGUAAGCCGUCAUUAUUAACGGUUUGGUUUUGCUGCCUUUCUAUAAAGGACAUGCCACGCAUUUCAAAUACAUAAUAAUGUAUAUUCAAUAUUUAUUUAGCUGUGUACAGUAUUAAAAUACUUUAUAAGUAGCCCAAUAGCAUACCCCAGUGAGCUGCUGGCUUUUAAACGACAGAUUAAUGUACAGUAUUAACAUUAUGCGGUGUACAGAUCAUGUAACUAAUAUGAGACUACUUUCGGUUGACUUGAAACAGUUGGAACACCUUGUAUGUUGUUAUGGAAAUAAAUGAUUGUUUUACUCAAUGAUUGCAUUAAAUACCUAGAAUACCCAGCACGUCACAUGACCAGGAAGUGGAGCGUGUAAUUAUGGUCACAAAGUGGCCGUAGUUUUCCAACCCAGAGUUGAGAUAAAUACUUUAUAUUAGACCCACGCUUCUAGAAGCGCUAAAAUCGGCACCUUGACCCCAGUGUGCUGUACCGAUAUCACAGUCGUAGACCACACUCAGCACUAAGAGUGAUCCAGUUUUACCGAUAUUCGACUACACACAGACCACAAAUCCAGGAUAGUCUGCUCAUGAAUGAAGAGGAGGUAUGGAGCUCCGUGGGUUAGCAUUCUGUGAUCGGAAGGUCGGCAGUUCAAAUCCCAGAAUCAGCAGAGUGAUCACGCCCAUGGGCCCUUCAGCAAGCGCCUUAAUCCCCAAUAUUCCAUAGACCGGUGCCGUGUUCCCACCAUCACAGAGCCAGAGCCAGUGCCAGUGCUGGGCUGGUUCUCACUUGGUGUCUUUUGAGAAUCUGGCUGCAUUUCCACCAGUUUAAAAAAAUAACAGAACGGAAAUGUUACAUAGGUGGAAGCAGAAGUAAAGUAAAUGUUCAUAUGUAUUUAGUUUUUUCGAUUUAUUCUGGUCUGUUUCGGAGUGUUUUUCUAAGCUGCUGAACCGAAAAAAAGUUUUCAGAGUAUGACUCGUGCUCUGCCUCUAUUGCCUGUAUCCGCUUUUGUCUCCUUAAAGGCCGUUUCUCUCCAAUCUGUAUGUAACUUUAUUCUUUCUCACUCACUGUUUUUUGCACAAUAAAAGAGUCUGAACUGAA